GGAAACGCCCGGGGCAGCAAGCAGGCGCGGGUAAUGCACCAUGCCGCUGGAACUGGAGCUGUGUCCCGGGCGCUGGGUGGGUGGAAAGCACCCGUGCUUCAUCAUCGCGGAGAUCGGCCAGAACCACCAAGGAGACAUAGAUGUGGCCAAGCGCAUGAUCCGCACUGCCAAGGAGUGUGGGGCCGACUGCGCUAAGUUUCAGAAGAGCGAGUUGGAGUUCAAGUUUAACCGGAAGGCCCUGGAGAGACCAUAUACUUCGAAGCAUUCAUGGGGGAAGACGUAUGGGGAGCACAAGCGGCAUCUGGAAUUCAGCCACGACCAGUACAAGGAGCUGCAGAGCUAUGCGCAGGAGAUCGGCAUCUUCUUCACUGCCUCUGGCAUGGACGAGAUGGCAGUUGAGUUUCUGCACGAACUGAAUGUUCCCUUUUUCAAAGUUGGAUCUGGGGACACUAACAAUUUUCCCUACCUGGAAAAGACAGCCAAGAAAGGUCGUCCUAUGGUGAUCUCCAGCGGGAUGCAGUCAAUGGACACCAUGAAGCAAGUCUAUCAGAUCGUGAAGCCGCUGAAUCCCAACUUCUGCUUCCUCCAAUGCACCAGCGCGUACCCACUACAGCCCGAGGAUGCCAACCUGCGCGUCAUCUCGGAAUACCAGAAGCUCUUUCCCGACAUUCCCAUCGGGUAUUCCGGGCACGAGACGGGCAUCGCCAUAUCUGUGGCCGCCGUGGCUCUGGGGGCCAAGGUGUUGGAACGUCACAUAACGUUGGACAAGACCUGGAAGGGGAGUGACCACUCAGCCUCGCUGGAGCCUGGGGAGCUGGCAGAGCUGGUGCGGUCUGUGCGCCUGGUGGAGCGGGCCCUGGGCUCCCCAACCAAGCAGCUGCUGCCCUGUGAGAUGGCCUGCAAUGAGAAGGAUCUGACACUGACCGAGCUUCCUUCGUCUACAGCUCGGCAAGUCUGUGGUAGCCAAAGUGAAAAUCCCAGCAGGCACCACCCUGACCCUGGACAUGCUCACUGUGAAGGUGGGGGAGCCCAAAGGCUAUCCUCCUGAAGACAUCUUCAACCUAGCGGGCAAAAAGGUGCUGGUCACUAUCGAAGAAGAUGACACGGUCAUGGAAGAAUCCGUGGAAAGUCACAGCAAGAAAAUCAAGGCUUAAAAUAAAAGUGCCACUGCGGCUUGUCAGCCACCCUGCUGCUGCUGUCCAGUGUGUUGGGUGCAGAGGGGCAGGAAUGUCAGUCUCCAGGCCACCCUGUCGCAGUGGCCACCUGUGUCUAGCCCAUUGGGAAGGAGGAGCCAACGAGGCUGUUGUGCUUCGGAGCGUCCAGCCAGAGAAGGUGGCCCAGAGCACAUGCAGCUCCUUUAGGGUCUCUGUGUGGCUCUGUUGACAUCUUCAGCCUUCAACUUCCCACUCUACAAAGCAACUCCAGGGACCUGAGCUCUCAGCUCCUCAUAGAGCACCGAACGGUGGGCAUUAGACUCUGCCUGAGCCCCUGUGGGCAGAGACAAGCUCUCCCAACUCUGUGAGCGAAGGCAGGGACAGAGCGUUCACCCCCUUUGGCAGUGUCACCGCCAGAGGCCUACGGUUCUUAGCAGCCAGUCCCUUUCUCAGAGGCCUGUCCUCAGACAUCAGGUGCACACUAACCCACGGUACAGUUGGCCAAGCAGAGGCAGCUGUGAGAAGGGGAAUGGGAAGCAGGGAGGAACACGGGUCUGGGGGGUGGGGGGUGGGGUGGAGGGGGUGGAGCUUGUUCAUCUUAACCAUGGGGGAGGUGCAGACAUCAGCCCUGCCGUAAGCACCAGGGUCUUGUCACAUAUGACAGAUUACAAACCCAGACAAAGGUGCUAUUGUUUGACUUGUUUAAGGGCAUGAACUCUUACCGAGGCUCACUGUCACAUUCACUUUGUUCUUUGGAAUCAAUGCUGAGAUUAAUCAUUUUGUUCUUUUUAAGUA